AUGACGGGCACUCCACAGCUUGCCCUUCCCAUGUGGCGCGUUCCAGGGAUUUGUUUGUUGCUUCUUCUGCUCAGCUGUGCAAUGGCGCCGGCGUUCGCAGAUGACGGCGCGGUGUCCAUUCUGGUUCCUGCGAACAGGGAUGAGUGCUUCCUGGAGGACAUCACUGGCAUUGGUGUGAAAGUGUUCUUGCACUACAUGGUGACCUCCGGUGGCUCGCUUGAUAUUGACGCGACCAUCUAUGGACCGGACAACAGCCACAUUUGGGAGUCUGUCCGCGAAGCUGAGGCUCGUGUGCUUUUCAAGACACGCACGCCGGGCCGUCACCGCUUUUGCUUUUCCAACAAGAUGAGCACCAUUACCAAUAAGGUGGUGGCAUUUUCCAUAGCGGUUGGGGAGUCGGGAAUGGAUACAAAUAAGGAUCAAAUGGCAAAAGCAGUGGACCCGCUAGAGCGGUCUAUCAUGCGCAUUCAACAGGGACUUCGCGAGGUGCAGGAGGUGCAGCGGUACCUCAGGGGGCGUGAGCGUAUCCACCGCGCGACGACAGAGGUGGCAAACACGCGUGUUGUCAUUUGGUCAGCCGUAGAGGUAUUAAUUAUUGCAUUUAUGGGUGCCUGCAAUGUGUGGUACCUUAAGCGAAUCUUCAACAAGCGAAGAGUGGUGUAA